AUGGUUUUAACUUUGGAUGCUUGUUCAAUUGUGCAGAUGUCAAACCUUAUUAGAAGUUGUAAGGUAGUGACGACUGCACAGAGUUCGCCUCCCCCAGCUCAGCCGUCAUUAGCGUCAUCAAUGGAGCAACCUGUUAGCGCCAAGCGUCGUCACCGCCCCGCCAGCACCACCUACACAACAUCGACAGACGCUACUGGUGCGUCGAGGUCACAACCAGAAGAACACCCGAGGGCCUUGUCGCCAGUUGAAGACAGCGAAGGUCACCGGGUGACCAACAGUCGUAUCAACAUCGGAAACGAUGAGCGGCAUUGGCCUUGCAUAGCUCAUUGGCCCACGACAUUGGUCACGUCGUUCGGACCCAUUGCCCGAUGA